CAUCUCCUCAAUAAUUAUUCAAAUAACAAUCAAAUAUUUUAGCUUUCGACAGAUUCCCCGUCAAUUCUGCUUGCCGUGUUCAUUGAUCCAUUCUCAACAAUAUCUCCCUUCAUCAAAACAUCAAAAAGCUUCGUUAUUUAUAGCCAGACCCUUUCUGGGUGCUUCUGAGAUUUUCUCUUCGGUAUUUCGUUUUGGGAGAUUAAGCCCUUUUCUGCAAAAAUGGCUGCUGCGACGUCUGCUGGGGUUGUUGGUGGUAAUGCUUCGUCUGCUUCCUGGAUGCAAUUCAAAGGCAAGGAAAGGAAGCAUGCCAAGAUGAACAGAUCUAGGGUUUGUUGCUCUUAUUCUUCUUCUGUGAUGGAUCCUUACAAGACCUUGAGAAUACAACGAGGUGCCUCUGAAUCUGAAGUCAGGAAGGCUUUCCGACAGCUCGCUCUGCAGUACCAUCCAGAUGUAUGCAGAGGGAGCAAUUGCGGGGUGCAAUUUCACGAAAUCAACGAGGCAUAUGAUACUGUGAUGGCUAGGUUGAGAGGAGAAUCAACUGCGACAGAAACUUACGAGAGUAUUUAUGACAAUGACACAGAUGAGUCACUGAGAGAAACGAACGGCCCAGAUUAUGACAUGUGGGAGGAGUGGAUGGGGUGGGAAGGAGCAGGAAUCCGUGACUACACUUCACAUAUUAAUCCAUACAUAUGAAUAUUUUGACUUAUUCUCUGUUCAUAAUUAUUAGCCUUCUGAAUAAUCAUCAUCCACACCAAAUGGUGUGACUGGUGUGCUGUGUAUAGAAUCCAAGUUGAAGCGAAUGUAAAUUCCUCUAUGUAUAAUUGAAGUUGAGGAAAUCUCGCUUUAAUCCCCAAUACUAAUGACCUUAAUAUGACAAGUGACAAAAAUGGUCAUUAUUUAAGCUUUCAAAUAAAUACAAAUGUAUGUAUUAUUGCAUAUAAACUGAUGUAUCAGUACACUGCAUUUGAGCAUAUCGCUUCAAAAUUAGGGGGGCCAACUUUGUUGUCCUAUGUUUGUAUGUAUUAAAAAACGUUUCCGAGAAGUUGUUGAAUGCGUGAACAAUGUGCAGUGUAUCCAUAAGAGAGGUCAUAAAUGCUAGCCCUUUCAACACUA